CUCAAAAAGUUUGUUGUUGUUUUUUUUGUUCUAAUCAAUUUCAAUGGAUUAAAAAAUGAUGAUGAUUGAAAAUCUUGAAAAUGAAUGUAAUCAAGCUCUGGAAGAUAUUCGUGAGAAUAUCGGUACAGCCGAAGCUGUCAAUAUUGAACAAAAAUUAUGGAAAUCGAUACAGAAAACACAUAAAUCGAACAGUUCGAAUCCAAUUGUGAUGAACUACCUUAUUGGUUAUUAUAAUUCAAUGCAUGAAAUUGUUUUCUUAAAUACACAACAAUCAAAAGAUCCAUUUUUAUAUUAUAGCCGUUAUGGUUUUGUAUCAUCAACAGCCACUGCCGCCAAUCUGAAUCAUCAACUUUUAUACAAUAUUCACAUACGUCUUGGUGAUCUUUAUCGUUAUGGUGAUUCACGUGAAAAUGCUAAACAUUAUUAUAAACGUGCAUUACAUUUGGAUCCAACACGUGGAUUUGCCUACAAUCAAUUAUCAUUAUGUACACCAUUGACAAAAGCCUAUCAAUGUGUUUAUUAUUCUGUACGUGCAUUACAUUCAACCGAAGAACCGGUUAAAGGUGCUGAAACGAAUAUUAAAUUAUCCAUUUCACGAUUCGAUUGUCCACUAUUUGAAAGAUUUCGUCGCCAUUUGAAUGUUACAAUGGUCGAUAAUGCCAUCACUAUUGCCUAUCCAUCGAAUGGACAAGAAUGGUUCUAUUUGGUUGUGAUAUCCAUCCAUUUUAAUGAUUUAAAUCUAACAUUUGAUCUUUUAUUGGAUCAAUUGCUCAAUACUAUUGAUUGUGAUGAUAAAUCCAUACAAUUUGAUUAUCUUCUUAUGAGUUUGGAUGUUGCUUUUGAUUGGAUUUUAAAAGAUCGCAACAAUCGAUCGACCACCACUACCGCCGUCUCAACAGAAGCAUCAGCAGCAGAUUCAUCGAUUGACAAUCUAAAAACGCUCAAUAUUUGGCUACGUUCAAAUUCCAGUAUGGCCAAUGAUGAUGAUGGUGAUCGAAAAAAUGAAACCGAUUGCCAUAUAGGAUUGAUACAUAAUUCGAUACUAAAAGAUUUUGCACCAUUACGACCAAUUUAUGAACGUAUGGAAUAUUAUUAUGAAACAGAAAUAUAUCGAAUGGAUAAACAUCGUAAAAUAUUGAUCAAUAGAUUGAUACAGAAAUUACAAAAAUUUUAAUAUGAUUAUAAUUAUAUGUCGAAUGUGUGUGUGUUAAAUAAAUAUA